GAAUAACUGUUGCUUCCGCCAAAAAGUUACGGCUCCUUGCAAAUUCAAUGAGGGACAGGGCAAGCGCUAAGAAGCUUAGCUUAAAAACAAAAUAUCAAGAAAGAGGGACCUGCCAGGUAGAACAGCCAGCUACCUAAAACAGGAACAUCCUUUCCUCCUUCUUCCUUUCCACUUUACUCUUCCUUCCUCUCUUUAUCAGUUAGGACGUGUUGAGUUGCUACGAAGACAAAAAGAGACAAAUAGAGAGAAUAGGACAGCGAGUCAUUUGCAAGAAUGGCUUCCAUGUUUGAGCAGUCCGAAAAUGGGACUCUGUUCCUCGGCGGCCAAAAGAUCUCUGGUGCUGAUAUUAGGGAUCAGAAUGUUUCCGCUACCCAAGCUAUUGCGAACGUCGUCAAGAGCUCAUUUGGUCCUAGCGGUCUGGAUAAGAUGAUGGUGGACGACAUUGGAGAUGUCACAGUUACAAAUGACGGUGCUACUAUCCUAAGCUUGUUAGACGUUGAACACCCCGCUGGAAAGAUCCUCGUCGACUUAGCACACCAACAAGAUAAGGAGGUUGGUGACGGUACCACCUCAGUCGUGCUCAUCGCCGCCGAACUUCUACGACGAGCGAACGAGCUGAUGAAGAACCGAAUACAUCCUACUACCAUCAUCACUGGCUACAGACUUGCCCUGAGAGAGGCUAUCAAGUACAUGAGCGAGAAUGUCAGCACCAAGGUGGAGAACCUUGGUCGCGACUCGCUAAUCAGCAUUGCCAAGACGUCUAUGUCUAGCAAGAUCAUUGGGUCCGACUCCGACUUCUUCGCCAACAUGGUUGUUGAUGCUAUACAAGCAGUCAAGACCACCAACAACCGCAGCGAAGUGAAAUAUCCCGUCAAAGCGGUUAAUAUCCUAAAGGCCCACGGAAAGGGUGCACUGGAAUCCAUCCUAGUAAAGGGUUAUGCUCUAAACUGCACUGUGGCGUCGCAGGCUAUGAAGACUCGGGUACAGGAUGCCAAAAUCGCAGUACUUGAUAUGAACCUACAGAAGGAGAGGAUGAAGCUUGGCGUGCAAAUCACGGUCGACGACCCCCAGCAGCUCGAACAGAUUCGCCAGCGGGAGUCAGGGAUGGUGAUUGACAGAGUGGAAAUGAUCCUCAAGGCCGGAGCGAACGUUGUUCUAACAACCAAAGGCAUCGACGAUAUGUGCUUGAAGCUUUUCAUUGAGCAUGGUGCCAUGGCCGUGAGGCGGUGUAAGAAGGAAGAUCUACGACGGAUUGCGAAGGCUACCGGCGCCACUCUGCUUAGCACCCUAUCUGACUUGAACGGUGACGAGCGUUUCGAGCCUUCAUACCUGGGAUCUGCCGAAGAAGUUGUCCAAGAACGCAUUUCCGACGAUGAGUGCAUCUUAGUUAAGGGAACCAAGAUACAUUCAUCUGCGUCGAUAAUUCUUCGUGGACCUAACGACUUCCAACUAGACGAAAUGGAGAGGUCUGUGCACGACUCUCUCUGUGCGGUUAAGCGAACUCUAGAGAGUGGUAGCAUUGUUCCCGGUGGUGGAGCGGUGGAGACGGCUCUACAUAUUUAUUUGGAGGAGUUCGCGGGCACGGUAGGCUCAAGAGAGCAGCUGGCAAUUGGAGAAUUCGCGCAGGCGCUUCUUAUCAUUCCCAAGACCCUAGCCGUCAACGCAGCCAAAGAUGCAAGCGAGCUUGUAGCACAACUACGAUCUCGACACGCACUUUCGCAGAGGACGCAAGAUGGCGAGGCGAACGAGGAUGAGAAGACGGUAGCGAAGAAGAAGAACUACAAGAACUACGGUCUUGACUUGAUGAAGGGCAAGGUGGUGGACGAGGUCAAGGCUGGAGUAUUAGAACCCAGCAUAAGCAAGAUUCGGCAGCUGAAGAGUGCAGUGGAGGCGUGUAUCAGCAUAAUGCGUAUCGAUACGUUGAUCAAGCUGGAUCCGGAAGAGAGGGGGGAGCCAGAUGACGGCCACGGGCACUGAUAGCAAAAUAAAGGAGAACUUGACAGGCGUUCCCGAUCGGAAAAUGGUUCUUGUUGAAGACACAAGUGUUGAUUGCAAUGGCCAAUAAUGCAUAAUGCAGUUUCCCGUCAUUCCAUACCUACCUAACUUUAGGUGUAUAUCUAUGAAUCUAUGUAUGCUGUGGCAAGUGAGUUGAGGUGUAGUUAUCCAAUCGAUCCAAAGACUAAAAUAGGCUUUUGGACCUUGGUCAGCCAAAUGGAUGUAUCGUGGUAGGUUACCAGGGGACCGUGGAUUCAAAGCGGGUUGCGUCGGCAAGGAAAGGAGCCCACCCUCAAGAGACAACCGAAAUCCAGCCGAUCGGGUCCCAUCCGCGUUUUCUGCUUUAAUUCCGCCGUCAUUUAUAACUUU